AGCGCCGCGUGCUCCCCCACGUGUGCUGCAGUUCUCCCGGUGUCUGCGGGGCAGCCGGGGCUGGUUUUCCUGGAGGUGUAGUUGCCCGCACCUCUGGCGGCUCGGGGGCUCCGAGGACUAAGUAGGGAGCUCUGAUGGCCGCCAGGAGCGGAGGGUCUGCGGUCAUGGAGCAUCUUUUCCUGGAGGUGGCGGCCGCGCCGCUGCGCUUACUCGCUGCCAAGAACGAGAAGAGCCGCAGCGAACUGGGCAGGUUCUUGGCCAAGCAGGUGUGGACACCUCAAGAUCGCCAGUGUAUCCUGAGUACCUUAGCACAAUUACUUCUGGAUAAAGACUGUACUGUGCUGGUUGGUCGCCAGCUGCGCCCUCUUCUUUUGGAUUUGUUGGAAAGGAAUGCUGAAGCCAUUAAAGCUGGAGGCCAAAUCAACCACGAUCUACAUGAGAGGCUGUGUGUGUCUAUGAGCAAACUCAUUUGUAACCAUCCUGAUGUCCUCCCGUUUGCCCUGAGGUAUUUCAAGGACACUUCCCCAGUCUUUCAAAGACUUUUCCUAGAGAGUUCAGAUUCAAAUCCUGUCCGCUAUGGGCGCAGGCGGAUGAAGCUCCGGGACCUAAUGGAAGCAGCUUACAAGUUUCUGCAGCACGAGCAGUCUGUGUUCCGGGAGCUCUGGGACUGGAGUGUGUGUGUCCCUCUCCUCAGGAGCCAUGACACCUUGGUCCGCUGGUACACAGCUAAUUGCCUUGCUUUGGUCACCUGUAUGAAUGAAGAACACAAGUUAUCAUUCCUUAAGAAGAUUUUUAAUAGUGAGGAAUUGAUCCAUUUCAGGUUGAGAUUACUAGAAGAGGCCCAGCUGCAGGACUUGGAAAAGGCCUUGGUUUUGGCUAAUCCAGAAGCCUCCCUUUGGCGUAAGGAGAAGGAGCUGCAGUACUUACAGGGCCAUCUUGUUUCAGCUGACCUCUCUUCCAGGGUGACUGCUGUCUGUGGCGUGGUGCUGUCUGUGCAGACACCAGCCCUUGGAGAGCAGGCUAGUAAUAGAAGUUCUUCUCGUGAACAAGAGCUGGCCUUUAGGUCUUAUGUGCUGGUUGAUUCAAUCUGCAAAAAUCUUCAGACGCUGGCUAUGGCAGUGGCUUCUCAGAAUGCUGUGUUGCUGGAAGGACCAAUAGGAUGUGGCAAAACUUCCUUAGUUGAAUACUUAAGUGCAAUGACAGGUAGAAGGAAGCCCCCUCAGCUUCUUAAAGUCCAGCUUGGAGAUCAGACCGACAGUAAGAUGCUGUUGGGAAUGUAUCGCUGCACAGAUGUCCCAGGAGAGUUUGUGUGGCAACCUGGUACCCUGACACAGGCAGCCACAAAGGGACAUUGGAUCCUUCUGGAGGAUAUUGACUAUGCCCCUUUAGAUGUGGUUUCUGUGCUGAUCCCUCUUUUGGAGAAUGGAGAGCUCUUGAUUCCUGGCCAAGGUGACUGUCUGAAAGUGGCUCCUGGAUUUCAGUUUUUUGCAACUAGGAGACUCUUGAGCUGUGGAGGAAAUUGGUAUCGACCUCUAAAUAGUUAUGCUACUCUGCUAGACAAAUACUGGACCAAAAUUCACAUGGAUAACAUGGAUAAGAAAGAACUGAAUGAGGUUCUUCAGAACAGAUAUCCUAGCCUCUUGGCAGUAACUGAUCACCUGCUUGACAUUUACAUCCAAAUUACUGGAGAGAAACAUCAAUCUCGGAGUGAUAGUUCUGUCAUAUGUGAACAGGCACCUGGGGAAGUUUCAGAAGCCAGAAGAGAAAACAAAGGACUAAGCCUUGAGGGAAGAGAAUUGUCUCUGAGGGAUCUACUGAAUUGGUGUAAUAGGAUCGUCCAUAGCUUUGACAGUGUGUCUUCAUCAGCAUCCUUAAAUAUUUUUCAAGAGGCUCUGGACUGUUUCACAGCAAUGCUUUCUAAGCAUACAAGCAAACUGAAAAUGGCAGAAGUCAUUGGAAGCAAAUUGAACAUUUCUAAGAAAAAGGCUGAAUUCUUCUGUCAACUUUAUAAACCGGAAAUUGUGAUCAAUGAGUUAGAUGUGCAAGUGGGUCGAGUGCGCCUUCUACGGAAACAAAGUGAGGCUGUCCACAUACAGAGGGAGAAGCUCACUUUUGCUCCCACAAGGCCAUCCUCCGUUCUUAUUGAACAGCUCGCAGUGUGUGUUAGCAAAGGGGAACCAGUAUUGCUGGUGGGAGAGACUGGGACUGGCAAAACCUCUACUGUCCAGUACUUGGCUCACAUUACAGGCCACCGUUUGAGGGUUGUCAAUAUGAAUCAACAAAGUGACACUGCAGACUUGCUUGGAGGUUACAAACCUGUGGAUCAUAAACUUAUUUGGCUGCCCUUACGGGAGGCAUUUGAAGAACUCUUUGCCCAGACAUUUUCCAAGAAGCAAAACUUUACAUUCUUAGGGCACAUUCAGACCUGUUACAGGCAGAAGCGGUGGCAUGAUCUCCUCAGACUAAUGCAGCAUGUACAGAAGUCGGCUGUCAACAAGGAUGGAAAAGAGUGUGAAACUGGGUUACUCCUAAAAGAGAAAUGGGAAGCAUUUGGUCUUAGACUCAGCCAUGCUCAGCAACAGAUGAAAAUGACUGAAAAUGCCCUGUUGUUUGCUUUUGUAGAGGGUACGCUAGCUCAAGCUGUAAAGAAAGGAGAGUGGGUCUUGCUGGAUGAGAUUAAUCUGGCUGCUCCAGAAACUUUAGAAUGUCUCAGUGGUUUACUCGAAGGCUCCUCUGGUUCCCUGGUGUUGCUAGAUCGAGGAGAUACAGAACCACUGGUUCGUCAUCCUGACUUCCAUUUAUUUGCCUGUAUGAACCCAGCAACAGAUGUGGGCAAAAGAAAUCUUCCACCGGGAAUAAGAAACAGGUUCACAGAACUUUACGUAGAAGAAUUGGAAAGUAAAGAAGAUUUACAAAUUCUUAUUACUGAUUAUCUGAAAGGACUCAGUGUGAAUAAGACCACAGUGCAAGGAAUUAUCAGCUUGUACACAGCUCUACGGAAAGACUCUGGGACAAAAUUAGUGGACGGAACCGGCCAUAGACCUCACUACAGCCUUCGGACUCUUUGCAGGGCCCUGCGAUUUGCAGCCUCCAAUCCAUGUAGCAACAUCCAGCGCUCACUCUAUGAGGGCUUUUGUUUGGGUUUCUUAACACAACUUGAUAGGGCCUCACAUCCAGUAGUCCAGAAGCUCAUUUGUCAACACCUUGUCUCUGGCAAUGUAAAAAGUCUGCUGAAGCAGCCUAUUCCAGAACCAAAAGGAGGUCGUCUUAUCCAAGUUGAAGGAUACUGGAUUUCGGUGGGAGACAAGGAACCUACAAUAGAUGAGACCUACAUUCUUACAUCUUCUGUUAAGCUAAACCUGAGAGACAUAGUCCGUGUGGUUUCUGCAGGAACCUAUCCAGUGUUGAUUCAGGGAGAGACAUCAGUUGGUAAGACAAGCCUGAUCCGGUGGCUGGCAGCAGCUACUGGUAACCACUGUGUGCGUAUUAACAAUCAUGAACACACGGAUAUUCAGGAGUAUAUUGGUUGUUACACAUCUGACUCUUCUGGGAAACUCGUGUUUAAAGAAGGUAUUCUUAUUGAUGCUAUGAGAAAGGGCUACUGGAUUAUUUUAGAUGAAUUAAAUUUGGCCCCUACCGACGUGUUAGAGGCACUGAACAGACUGCUGGAUGAUAACCGGGAACUGCUCAUCACAGAAACACAAGAAGUUGUUAGAGCUCACCCUCGGUUCAUGCUUUUUGCUACCCAGAAUCCCCCAGGGCUCUAUGGAGGCAGAAAGGUGCUUUCUAGAGCCUUUAGGAAUCGGUUUGUGGAGUUGCAUUUUGACGAAUUGCCUAGUUCUGAGCUGGAAACAAUCUUGCAUAAGCGCUGUAGUUUGCCACCCUCCUAUUGUAGCAAGUUGGUUAAAGUCAUGCUGGACCUUCAGUCCUAUCGCAGAAGUUCUUCAGUGUUUGCUGGAAAACAGGGCUUCAUUACCCUCCGCGAUCUGUUUCGAUGGGCUGAAAGAUACAGAUUGGCUGAACAGACCGAAAAAGAGUAUGACUGGCUACAGCAUUUAGCCAAUGAUGGUUUUAUGCUUCUCGCAGGCAGAGUCAGGAAGCAGGAGGAAAUUGAUGUGAUUCAAGAAGUCAUUGAAAAACAUUUCAAGAAAAAAUUGUGUCCUCAAUCCCUUUUCUCCAAGGAAAAUGUCCUGAAAUUACUGAGUACAUUAUCAAUUCAGUUAUCCAAGUUGGAAUCUGAGUUCAGCCAUGUUGUAUGGACUGAGGGCAUGCGGAGACUGGCCAUGCUGGUAGGAAGGGCGCUUGAAUUUGGCGAACCAGUGCUGCUGGUUGGAGACACUGGGUGUGGGAAAACUACUAUCUGUCAGAUGUUUGCAAGCUUGGCGAAUCAGAAACUAUACUCUGUCAACUGCCACUUACACAUGGAGACGUCAGAUUUCCUGGGAGGGCUGCGACCAGUGAGACAGAAGCCAAAGGACAAGGAAGAAAUUGAUACAUCAAGACUUUUUGAGUGGCAUGAUGGUCCUCUAGUCCUGGCCAUGAAGGAGGAUGGCUUUUUUCUCUUGGAUGAAAUCUCACUGGCUGAUGACUCUGUUCUGGAAAGACUCAAUAGUGUCCUGGAAGUGGAAAAGUCCCUGGUAUUAGCUGAAAAAGGCAGUGUAGAGGACAAGGAUAACGAGGUAGAGCUGUUGACUGCCGGGAAAAAAUUUCGUAUCUUAGCAACCAUGAACCCUGGGGGUGACUUUGGAAAAAAGGAGUUGUCUCCUGCCUUAAGAAACAGGUUUACAGAAAUAUGGUGUCCGCAAAGCACAGGUCGUGAAGACUUAAUUCAGAUUAUCAGCCAUAAUCUUCGUCCAGGAUUGUCUCUGGGCAAAAUAGAUCAUAAAGGGGCUGACAUAGCUGAGGUGAUGCUGGAUUUCAUUGAAUGGCUGACCCAUCAGGAAUUUGGCCGAAGGUGUGUGGUCAGUAUCAGAGAUAUCCUGUCGUGGGUUAAAUUCAUGAACACGAUGGGGGAGGAAGCUGCUUUGAAACAGCCAGAGACCAUCUCCACUGUGACAUCUUUUGUCCAUGCUGCAUGCCUGGUAUACAUAGAUGGAAUAGGUUCAGGGGUAACUUCCUCAGGGUUUGGUACAGCCCUCUUGGCUCGCAAAGAAUGUCUGAAAUUCCUAAUCAAGAAGCUUUCCAAAAUAGUGCGACUUACAGAGUGUCAGAAAAAUGAAUUGAAGAUUUACGACAGACUCAAGGCCAAAGAAUUUACUGGAAUAGAUAACCUUUGGGGAAUUCAUCCAUUUUUUAUACCAAGGGGACCUGUCCUUCACAGGAAUAAUAAUGCUGACUAUGCACUCAGUGCAGGCACCACAGCUAUGAAUGCACAGAGGCUCUUAAGAGCUACAAAAUUGAACAAGCCCAUCCUUUUGGAGGGCUCCCCUGGUGUGGGCAAGACGAGUUUGGUGGCAGCAUUAGCAAAGGCUUCAGGCAACAUCCUUGUUCGAAUCAACUUGUCAGAACAGACGGACAUCACAGACCUAUUUGGAGCAGAUCUACCUGUUGAAGGUGGCAAGGGAGGAGAGUUUGCCUGGCGGGAUGGGACCUUGCUGGCAGCUCUGAAGGCAGGCCACUGGGUUGUGUUGGAUGAGCUCAACCUGGCUUCUCAGUCUGUAUUGGAAGGACUCAAUGCUUGUUUUGACCACCGAGGAGAAAUUUAUGUUCCUGAGUUAGGAAUGAGCUUUCAAGUACAACAUGAAAAGACGAAGAUUUUUGGCUGUCAAAACCCUUUUAGACAAGGAGGUGGGAGAAAGGGCUUGCCAAGGUCUUUCCUUAACAGAUUCACUCAGGUCUUUGUGGAUCCCCUUACAGUAAUUGACAUGGAAUUCAUUGCCAGUACUCUGUUUCCAGCCAUUGACAAAAAUAUCAUUAAGAAGAUGGUUGCUUUCAACAACCAAAUUGAUCACGAGGUGACUGUUGAAAAGAAAUGGGGGCAAAAAGGAGGACCCUGGGAAUUCAACCUUCGAGACCUUUUCCGCUGGUGUCAGUUGAUGCUAGUUGACCAGUCCCCCGGGUGUUAUGAUCCUGGUCAGCAUGUGUUUUUGGUCUAUGGUGAAAGAAUGAGAACCAAGGAAGACAAGGAAAAAGUCAUUGCUGUAUUCAAGGAUGUGUUUAGUUCUAAUUCCAGCCCAUACAUGGGAACCAGACUAUUUCACAUCACUCCCUAUGAUGUUCAGCUGGGUUACUCAGUCCUCUCCCGUGGCAGUUACAUUCCUCUCCAGUCUCGCCGUCCCCUGUCACUCCUGCACCAGUCAUUACAAUCUCUGGAAUCAGUUAUGAAGUGUGUGCAGAUGAGCUGGAUGGUCAUCCUUGUGGGGCCAGCCUCUGUGGGCAAGACCAGCCUGGUGCAGCUCCUGGCACACCUUACUGGUCACACAUUAAAGAUCAUGGCUAUGAACAGUGCAAUGGACACUACGGAGCUUCUGGGUGGAUAUGAGCAGGUUGAUCUUAUACGGCCAUGGAGGCAGCUGCUAGAAAAGGUGGAGGGCACUGUCAGGGCACUGUUAAGAGACAGCCUCCUUAUCAGUGCUGAUGAUGCAGAAGUAGUGCUGCGAGCCUGGAGUCAUUUCCUUCUGACAUACAAGCCCAAGUGUCUUGGAGAUGGUGGUAAAGGUGUCACGAUGGAGAUUGUCAACAAGCUGGAAGCAGUAUUAUUACUUAUGCAGCGACUCAACAAUAAAAUCAACUCCUACUCCAAGGCAGAGUUUGCCAAACUUGUGGAAGAAUUCCGAAGUUUUGGGGCGAAGCUUCUGCAGUCCACCAGUGGCCGUAGCCAUGGCACAUUUGAAUGGGUUGACAGCAUGUUGGUUCAGGCUCUGAAGUCUGGAGAUUGGCUUUUGAUGGACAAUGUUAACUUCUGCAACCCGUCAGUGCUGGAUCGUUUGAAUGCUUUGCUGGAACCAGGAGGUGUUCUCACUAUUAGUGAGAGAGGAACGAUAGACGGAUCCACUCCCACCAUAACACCAAAUCCCAACUUCAGACUUUUUCUCUCAAUGGAUCCUGUUCAUGGAGAAAUAUCCCGAGCCAUGAGGAAUCGUGGACUUGAAAUCUGCAUUUCAGGAGAAGGGGAUGGGAACAUCCCAGAUGACCUAGAUCUGAAAGUUCUCCUGCACAGUCUUGGGUUGGUGGGGGACAGUGUGUGUGACACCCUCUUGGCUCUACACAUGGAGAUCCAGAGCACUGUUGUAGGUUCUCCAACAUCAUCUAUUUCAACUCUAAUUCAGACGGCCUUACUCAUUGUGCAGUGCCUACAGCGAGGUCUGAGUUUAGAUACAGCCUUUUCUGAAGUAUGCUUUGAAGCAUAUGUCCGCUCCCAGCAUUCACCAGCAAACCAAAAGCUUGUGCAGGCUUUACUGGAAAAACAUGUAUUUUCUCUACGAGCACAUGAAUCCUGGGGUGACUCCAUCCUUGCUAUGGGCCUGUGGCCAGAUUCUCUGCCCUCAGCUCUCUUUGCUACAGAAGAUUCUCACCUCUCUAGAGUCCGAAGUGAUGGACAAGUCUUAGUGUAUUGUCUCAACAGGAUGAGCAUGAAAACCAGCAGCUGGGCCAGGAUUCAGCCUCUUACCUUACCAGACUUAGAGAAAAUUAUGCAGUCAUCUAACCCUGAGAGCUUGAAGUUCAGUUCAGUCGAAGUGGAAACUUACUGGAUUGAUGAACCAGAUGUUCUGGCCAUGGCUGUUAAAUUGCUUAUAGAAAGAGCAACCAAUCAAGAUUGGAUGCUCAGAGUUAAAUGGCUUUGUCAUUUAGCCAAGAAUGUACCACAGGGACUUGAAUCAACACAGAUUCAUUUGGAAGCCAGUGCUGCAUCGCUUAGGAAUUUUUACUCAAAUUCUCUCUCAGCUGGAGUCAGUAAUGUCAUCAAAAUAUUACAACCAAACAUAACAGAUGAAUUUGUGAUUCCUUUGGACCCCCGGUGGAAUAUACAGGCUUUGGACAUCAUUAGAAAUUCGAUGGACUUUGACCCACAAACCGACCAGCCUGAGCAGCUCUUUGCCCUUUUAGAGUCUGUUGCAAAUAAGACAGUCAUAUAUCUUGAACGAGAAAAACGGAUAUUUACUGAAGCAAAUUUGUUUUCUGUUGGUGGCAAGAAGUUAAGAAAUAGUGUUUUGAGAAUGUCCUUUGAAUUCCAUAAAGAUCCAGAGAGCUAUCACAGCCUGCCCCACGAAAUUGUGGUCAAUCUUGCUGCUUUUUUUGAGCUUUGUGAUGCACUGAUCCUGCUCUGGGUACAGUCCUCCCAAGGGAUGGUGUCUGAUGCCAGUGUCACAGAGAUCUUGGACUCCUUGCGGUGGCGGGACCGGUUUUGGACCAUUGCUGACGCAGUGAAAGUGGAUGCCUCAGGCCUGGCCCUGCUUGCCCUUCACUGGCACUGGGUUUUAAAACAUCUGGUCCAUCAGAUCCCUCACCUCCUAAUGAACCAUGAGGACAAAUACUACAAAGAGGUUCGGACUGUCUCAGAACAUAUUCAGAAUUGCUUGGGGAGUCCGACUGGCGGCUUCAUUGGUAUAAAGAAGUUGCAAAAGUUCCUGGGACGACCAUUUCCUUUUAAGAACAAGCUAGUGGUGGAGUGUUUUUCUCAAUUGAAAGUCCUUAACAAAGCGCUUGCCAUCAGGGAAUGGGUGCCUGCCCUUGGGGAAAGUGGAUGGUGGGAAGACAUUAAUCGUCUCCAAGUGGUUGCUUCUCAAUGGACUUUAAAGAAAAGUCUCUUGCAGGCCUGGGGAUUGGUCCUCAGAGCUAAUAUUCUAGAAGAUGCCGACCCAGAUGAGCUGAAGGAUCUUGUGAAUGCUCAUUCUUUAGAACUAAAAGCCAAAGGAAUUUCACUUGGUUUUCUGGAGAAAAAGCACAAUGAAGCUUCCUCCCUGUUCCAACCAGACUUCACCUCCUUAAUCCAACUCACCAGGAGUGUCCAGUUGUGGCCUGCAAUGGAGUACCUGGCUCUACUUUGGCAGUACAAAGUGACAGCUGAUUUUAUGAGCCAGGCUUGCCUAAGAAGGUCCAGCAAAAAUCAGCAACCCCCUUUAGACGAGGAGAUAAGUCAUUACAUCAUAUUUUGUCUUAAGCACACACCAAUUGCUCCACAAGAGCUUCGAGACCUUUGGUCCUUACUGCACCAUCAGAAGGUGUCUACUGAAGAAAUUAUUUCCUUGUGGUCUGACUUAUUUAAUUCCACAUUUAUGUCUUUCUGGAGCAGUACUGUUACUACAAAUCCAGAGUACUGGCUAACGUGGAGCCCUCUGCCUGGUGUACAGCAGAGGGAGACACCAAAGUCCCUUUUGGACCCCACAUUGAAGGGCCCUGGCAGUCUCAGUAGAGCCAUAUUUUCCAAGUGCUGCUUUGAAGUAUUGACCAGCAGCUGCAGAGAAAGUCCCUGGGAUGUAAGCGGCCUCCCCAUCCUGUCCUCCUCACAUGUCACCCUGGGAGAGUGGGUUGAGAGAGCCCAGCAGCUCCGGGACAUCAGCUUGGUGCUUUGGACCAACAUGGCUGUGCCUUCAGUCGCCGAGUUCAGACACACAGAUUCCCAGCUCCAGAGACUCGUGCUAUGCCGGCAUCUGGCGGGUUUGGCAGAGCUGCUUCCUGAACCCCAGCGGCAGGAGUACCUGCAGAACUGUGAGCAGCUGCUGCUCGGGAACAGGCAGGCCUUCAAGCAUGUGGGCCAGACUCUUGGGGACAUGGCCGGGCAGGAGGCCCUGCCAAAAGAGCUUCUAUGCCUCUUGCUUACCUCCCUGCGCCACUUGUUUGGGGAAGGGGACUAUAAGCGGGACCUGCCUGAGCCAGCACAGCGUGGGAGCCUGUGGGUGAGCCUUGGCUUGCUACAAAUUCAGACGUGGCUUCCACAGGCACGCUUUGACCCUGCAGUGAAGAGGGAAUACAAGCUCAAGUACGCUAAGGAAGAGUUACACCAGCUGCAGUGUGAGUGGAAGACCCGAAACCUCUCAUCCCAUCUGCAGACUGGAAGAGACCUGGAAGAUGAAGUCAUUCUCAGUUACUCUCAUCCUCACAUCAGGUUACUUCGCCAAAGAAUAGAUCAUUUGGAGAACUUAAUCUCCAGCCUGUCGAAGAAGCAGGCCUUCAGACCCCAGGUGCCUGCCUACGAGUCACUGGUGCAGGAAAUCCACCACUAUGUUACCAGCAUUGCCAAGGCCUCUGCUAUUCAGGAUCUGCUCACACGGCUCCUGCAGGCCCUCCACAUGGAUGGGCCUCGGUCUGCCCAGGUGGCCCAGAACCUUCUGAAGGAGGAGGCUUCCUGGCAGCAGUCACACCACCAGUUCAGGAAGCGGUUGGCUGAGGAGUAUGCCCUGUAUCCAGAUUCUGUGGCCCCACUUCAGGCAUCCAUCUUGCAGUUGCAGCAUGGCAUGAGGCUGGUGGCAUCUGAGGUUUACGCUUCGUUCCAUGGUAGUGUGGUCUCUGCAGACAGGCUGGGUGCCCUAGCCACAUCCCUAUUGGCUUUUCCAUCGGUGGGCCCCACUUUCCCCACUUACUAUGCUCAUGCAGACGCUUUAUGCUCAGUGAAGUCAGAGGAGGUUCUUCGAGGACUUGGGAAGUUGAUCCUCAAGCGCUCAGGAGGAAAAGAACUGGAAAGCAAGGGCCAGAGACCUUGCCCUACCCGAGAGCAGCUGCUGCUGAAUGCCCUCCUUUACCUGCGAUCCCAUGUGCUAUGCAAGGGAGAGCUGGACCAGAGGGCCCUGCAGCUCUUCAGACACGUAUGCCAGGAUUUUGCAGAUAUUUUGGUAGAACCAACACUGGAGGAGAAGAAGGGAACUUCAGAUGGGCAAGAAGAGGGAGCAGCUGCAGAUCCUGGCCUCUUCUCCCAGAGCUCAAUGCAGGCUGUGAUGCUCAUUCAUCAGCAGCUCUGCCUCAACUUUGCUCGGUCCCUCUGGUACCAACAGACUUUGCCGCCACAUGAGACAAAGCAUUACCUUGGCCUGUUUCUGUCCUGCUAUCAAACUGGGGCAUCUCUUGUGACACACUUCUACCCUCUGAUGGGAGCUGAGCUGAAUGACCAACUCUUGGGCAGCCAACUUUUGGCCUAUACCCUCUCCCACAACACUCUCUUUGGUGAGGCAACCUCAGAUCUGAUCAUGAAGCCUGAUGGACCCUAUGACUUCUACCAACACCCCAAUGUCCCAGAAGCAAGGCAUUGUCAACCUGUGCUUCAAGGUUUCUCGGAGGCUGUCAGUCAGCUGCUGCAGGAUUGGCCAGAACACCCAGCCCUUGAACAGCUACUGGUUGUAAUAGACAGAAUUCGUAGUUUCCCCCUUUCCAGUCCUAUCUCAAAGUUCCUAAAUGGCUUAGAGAUCCUUCUAGCAAAGGCACAGGAUUGGGAGGAGAAUGCAAGCAGAACUCUGUCUCUGCGGACACAUCUCGAUUUAGUCAGUCAGAUGAUCAUUCAUUGGCGUAAAUUGGAAUUGAACUGCUGGUCUAUGAGUUUGGACAAUACCAUGAAGCGCCAUACUGAGAAGUCCACCAAGCACUGGUUCUCCAUCUACCAGAUGCUUGAGAAGCACAUGCAGGAACAAACAGAGGAGCAGGAAGAUGACAAACAGAUGACCUUGAUGUUGCUGGUCAGCACGUUACAAGCAUUUAUUGAGGGAUCCUCAUUGGGAGAGUUCCACGUACGACUUCAGAUGUUACUGGUUUUUCACUGUCAUGUCUUGUUGAUGCCUCAGGUUGAAGGAAAAGAUUCACUUUGCAGUGUUCUGUGGAAUUUGUACCAUUAUUACAAGCAAUUCCUUGACCGGGUCCAAGCCAAAAUUGUGGAACUUCGUUCCCCACUAGAAAAAGAACUUAAAGAAUUUGUAAAGAUAUCCAAGUGGAAUGAUGUCAGCUUCUGGUCCAUUAAACAAUCUGUGGAAAAGACACACAGGACCCUCUUUAAGUUCAUGAAGAAAUUUGAAGCUGUCCUGAGUGAACCCUGCCAGUCGUCCUUGGUGGAGAGUGACAAGGAGGAACAGCCUGCCUUGUCGUCACAGCCACCAGCCACCAGUGAGGCAUCCUCCAUUCGGAGUCUGAACAUGGCACUGAGGGAGACCCUGUUGGCCCGGCCAGCAGCUGCACAGGCUGUGAUUCCAGAGCAGGGUGCUCCUUUCCCCUUCGAGGGACAGCUUCUGCGUCGUUUGCCAAAGCUUAUGAAACGAAUGAGGAAGGUGUGCCUGACGCUCAUGAAGGAAAGCCGUUUGCCUCACCUAGUGGAGGGCCUUGACCACUUCACUGGUGAAGUGAUUUCCUCUGUGAGUGAGCUGCAGAGCUUAAAGGUGGAGCCCUCUGCAGAGAAGGAGAAGCAGCGGUCAGAAGCCAAGCAUAUUCUCCUGCGGAAGCAGCGAGCUUUAGCAGACCUCUUUCAGCACCUUGCAAAAACUGGUUUGUCCUAUCGCAAAGGUCUUGCCUGGGCCCGUUUAAAGAACCCUCAAGAGAUGCUUCACCUUCACCCAUUAGAUCUCCGGAGCGCGUUGUCCAUAGUCAGCAGCGCACAGGCUGAUUCUAGGCUGCUGACAGAAAUCUCAUCUUCAUGGGAUGGAUGCCAGAAGUACUUCUUUCGCUCUCUUGCACGGCACGCCAGGCUUAGUGCAGCCUUAGCAGCUCCUGCCAAGGAGUUGGGCAUGAGCAACGUUGAGCGAUGCAAAGGGUUCUCGGCACAUUUGAUGAAGAUGCUUAUCCAGCAGCGACGCUCCCUGACCACACUGACUGAGCAGUGGAUCCUCCUCAGGAACCUCCUUGGCUGUGUGCAAGAGAUUCACGGCAGGCUGACUGGGCCACGGGUCUACCCCAUGGCCUUCCCCCCUCAGGAUGGUGUGCAGCAGUGGACAGAAAGGCUGCAGCAUCUGGCCAUGCAGAGCCAAAUCCUGCUUGAGCAGCUCUCCUGGCUCCUCCAGUGCUGCCCCAGUGCAGGGCCAACUCCAGGCCAAGGUGGCGCCCAGCUACAGGGUCAGCCUUCUGCCCCCUCCCCGGAAGGACCAGAGCUCACCAACGGAUGGCGUCCUGGAGCAGUACAGGACCUCAUCCCAUCAGAACUCAGUUGCCCAUCCCCAGUACCUCGAAAUCAGCUGCCCUCUGGUUGCUGGAUGCGGAAACAGGAUGAGCUUUGGAAACAGUCAACUGCGAGAUUAACAGAGAUGCUGAAAACCAUUAAAACAGUGAAAGCUGAUGUUGACGAAAUCAGGCAACAGUCUUGUGAGACUCUCUUUCAUUCUUGGAAAGAUUUUGAAGUUUGCUCUUCUGGGCUAAGUUGCCUGUCCCAGGUGUCCGUUCAUUUGCAAGGACUAGAGUCCUUGUUCAUUAUUCCAGGAAUGGAAGUUGAGCAAACAGACCAACAAAUGGCAUUAGUUGAGAGCCUGAAAUAUUUAAGAGGAGAAAUCAAUAAAGCCACAAAUGACUUUACUUCCUGGAAGACACAUCUACUUGCUUCAGGAAGCCAAAGUGGAAACCAAAUGUUAGAGGAAGGGUUUGUGGAAGAUUUUUCAGAACAGGUUGAAUCUGCCAUCCGGACCAUCCUUUGUGCCAUCCAGGACUUAGCAGAAAGAAGCAGUAAAAAGACAGAGGAGAACACCGACCAAACAAGACCACAAGAAGAGGAUGAGGCAGCAGGCUUGGAGGGACUGCAGUCAGGACAUCUAACGAAACUCUUAGAGGAUGACUUGUGGGCCGAUGUAAGCGCUCUGCAUGUGCAGAAAAUCAUUUCUGCCGUCUCUGAGCUGUUGGAGAGGCUGAAAUCAUAUGGCGAAGAUGGCAUGGCAGCAAAACACACGUUCUUCAGCCAGUCCUGCUGCGUGCUGGUGCGUCUGGUGCCCAUGCUCUCCAGGUACUCAGACCUCGUCCUCUUCUUCCUGACCAUAUCUUUGGCAACUCACCGUAGCACUGCAAAGCUGCUCUCUGUUCUUGCCCAGGUCUUUACGGAGCUCGCCCAGGAGGGAUUUUGCCUGCCCAAAGAAUUCAUGGAAGAUUCAGCAGGAGAGGGAGCAACUGAGUUCCAUGACUAUGAGGGAGGUGGAAUUGGGGAAGGCGAGGGCAUGAAAGAUGUGAGUGACCAGAUUGAAAAUGAAGAACAGGCAGAAGAUACAUUUCAGAAAGGCCAAGAAAAGGAUAAAGAGGAUCCUGACUCAAAAUCAGACAUUAAGGGCGAGGAUAAUGCCAUUGAGAUGUCAGAAGACUUUGAUGGGAAAAUGCAUGAUGGGGAACUUGAAGAAAAAGAAGAGGAUGAUGGGAAAUCAGAUAGUGAGGGCGGAGACCUGGAUAAACAGAUGGGCGAUCUGAAUGGUGAGGAAGCUGACAAACUAGAUGAGAGGCUUUGGGGUGAUGAUGAGGAGGAGGAAGAUGAGGAAGAAGAAGACAGUAAAACUGAAGAAACAGGACCAGGAAUGGAUGAGGAAGAUUGUGGACUUGUUGCCAAAGAUGACAACUUGGAUGCUGGGAAGUCAAACAGAGAUAAAAACCAAGAUAAGGAAGAAAAGGAAGCAGAAGUGGCUGAUGAUAAACAAGGACAAGACAAAAUUAAUGAACAAAUAGAUGAGAGGGAAUAUGAUGAGAAUGAGGUGGACCCUUACCAUGGCCGUCAGGAAGAGCUGCCGGAACCCGAGGCCUUGGACCUUCCUGAUGACUUGAACCUGGACAACAGUGCAGACAAGAGUGGUAGUGAGGACUCCGACCAGGAAGGAGAAGAGAAUCCUUUGGAAAUUAAAGAAAAGCCAAUGGAUACUGAAGAAGCAGGUCAUGAAGCUGAGGAAAUAAAGGAAGAGACCGAGGCUGACCAUAGUGAAGGUCAGGGUCAACCUGAACCUGAAGAAGGCUCCAAUGAAGAUGACAAGGGCAAGAGGGAAGAAGAGAUGGACACAGGAGCUGAUGACCAAGAUAAAGAUACUGCUGAACAUCCUGAAGAAAACUCAGAGGAUGAGCGUCAGUCUCUGGAGGACAAGGACAAGGAAGCCAGUGACGAAAAUGCAGAGAAUGGCAUUCCUGUUGACCAGGGUCUCCAGCCCCAGAAGCAGGAAGAAGAGGAAGAAGGCAGUGGGGAGAACUCUGACACAGAGGAGCCAGUGCCAGAGGCCACGGAGAGGGAAGAACACGACUCCUGCGGGCAGACUGGGGUGGAGAGUGUGCAGAGUGCACAGGCUGUGGAGCUGGCCGGGGCCGCGCCCGAGAAGGAGCAGGGGAAGGAGGAGCACGGGAGUGGAGCCGCAGAUGCAAACCAGGCAGAAGGCCAUGAAUCCAACUUCAUUGCUCGACUGGCUUCCCAGAAACAGACGAGGAAGAACACACAGAGUUUCAAGAGGAAACCUGGGCAGGCCGACAAUGAACGCUCCAUGGGUGAUCACAAUGAGCGUGUGCACAAGCGCCUGAGGACUGUGGAUAUGGAGAGCCACACUGAGCAGGGGCCAGCCCAGCCCCAGGCCCAGGUGGAGAAUGCAGAUGCAUUUGAGCACAUUAAAGAAGGCAGUGACCCUUACGAUGCACAGACAUAUGAUGUGGCCAGCAAGGAGCAGCAACAGUCUGCAAAGGAUCCCAGCAGGGAUCAGGAGGAGGAGAUGGAGGAUAUUUUCAUGGACACAGAGGAGGAAGAGCUCCGAGCAGCUGACACGGAGCAGCUGAAGCCAGAGGAGGUCAAGUCGGGGACAACAGCGAGCCCCGGCUUUGAUGAGAUGGAGAUGGAGACCCAGGCUGUUAAAACAGAAGACGACCAAGAUCCCAGGACCGACAGAUCCCAUGGGGGAACAGAGGCUGUGAAACCAGAAAGAAGCCGAGAUUCGAUCAUUCACACAGCCCAUCAGUUCCUCGUGGACAGAAUUUUCCAGCCCUUUUUAAAAGAUGUCAGUGAGCUAAGACAGGAGCUGGAAAGACAGCUGGAAACAUGGCAUCCACAGGAAACUGGAAACCCAGAAGAAGAGAAGGCUGCAGCGGAGAUGUGGCAGAGUUACCUGGCCUUAACUGCGCCGCUUUCACAACAGUUGUGUGAACAGCUUCGCCUCAUAUUAGAGCCUACCCAGGCCGCCAAGCUGAAAGGAGACUAUCGAACUGGGAAGCGGCUGAACAUGCGGAAGGUCAUUCCGUACAUUGCUAGUCAAUUUCGGAAAGACAAGAUUUGGCUUCGAAGGACCAAGCCCAGUAAACGCCAGUAUCAGAUUUGUUUGGCCAUUGAUGACUCUUCUAGCAUGGUAGACAACCAUACCAAACAGCUGGCAUUUGAAUCUUUGGCUGUGAUUGGAAAUGCUCUAACCCUCCUGGAAGUGGGUCAGAUUGCUGUGUGCAGUUUUGGAGAGUCUGUAAAGCUAUUACACCCAUUCCACGAACAGUUCAGUGACUCCUCGGGUUCUCAGAUUCUGCGGCUCUGCAAAUUCCAACAAAAGAAAACCAAGAUUGCUCAGUUUCUCGAGUCUGCAGCCGGCAUGUUUGCAGCUGCACAGCAGCCCUCCCAGCACGCCAGCCCAGAAAACGCACAGCUCCUCCUGGUGGUCUCUGACGGACGUGGCCUUUUCCUCGAGGGCAAAGACCGAGUCCUGGCGGCAGUUCAGGCUGCCCGGAAUGCUAGCAUCUUUGUCAUCUUUGUUGUAUUGGACAAUCCCAGUUCUCGGGAUUCUAUCUUGGACAUCAAAGUGCCCAUAUUUAAGGGACCUGGAGAGAUGCCUGAAAUCCGCUCCUACAUGGAGGAGUUCCCGUUCCCAUUCUACAUCAUCCUUCGCGAUGUGAACGCGCUCCCCGAGACGCUCAGCGAUGCUCUCCGGCAGUGGUUUGAGUUAGUGGCGGCCUCUGACCACCUGUAGGGAAGGAACACAGUCUACAGUGAGACUUUACACCACGGUCAGACUGUGGCGCCUCUGGCCAGGUGGACAACUGCUUCUGAACUCACAGCUCUAAAAUGUUAUUUUAUCUUAGAUCCGGUUUAUAAAAAUUCACCUAAUAGCUACAGUUUUUAUUACCCUGUACACUUUAUCUUACACUGUGCUUUCAGAGUCUGGCCAGCCUCGGCCUUACUGUGCCCCCGCUACAGCUGUAACAAACCCAGGGCAGCAGCGGGUGUCUGGACCUGGAAGUCCUGGCCCGAGACGCGGCCAGGCCCCAGCUGCCACUUCCCCUCACAGGAGCCCUGGACGCCCACCUGGAGGAGUAGCUGCUGGGAGAACGGGACCAUCCGGGUCCUUGGGACCCUGCUCUCAGGCUCUGUGGGCCGAACCCACAGUGUGUAUCCAAAUUAGGAGGUCGACACAUCCGCAACUUUCUAGAGUCUCAAGUGUGUGUGUUUUCUCAUUGUGCUUGCUGUGAAAGGAAGUACCUUCUCUUGGUGGUGGGGUAUGUGUUCUCAUGAAGCAGGCAGAGAGCAGGGGAGCCCAGGUAAGCCAAAAAAUGACCCUCGGGCCGUGUAAAAAUGAAGUGGUUUUUCCAUGCCAUUCUUCACAUUUGCUGCUGCUGCGGGAGACUAUGCAAUGAUGGAAAGAUGAUUUUCCCUUUCGUUACUUCAUUCUCUAAGUGCCACGGUCCCUGGUGUUGUAGUAAUUUAUUUCUUUAGUUCAUUUUUUUCUUAACUGUUAAGGGGAAAAAUAUUCCUCUCACUGCUUUCAAGCUGGACUGAGCUAGUCUUGUUCUGGAAAAGAAAUGCCAUGUUAAGAAAACUAAGCUACUUUCCCUCCCCCUGCAAACUACACCAAUAAUUUUUAGACAGUUUUUACUUGGCCAGAAAGCACUGCUUGAAUACUUGAAAUUGUGUGCUGUGUUCUAUUUAAGUUGUCAGAAUGUUCUUUUGUAGACAACAUGCCAUCAUGUCAUCCUCUAUCUCCCAUCCGUUUCCACGUUACACUGUGAAGUUCGCCACGCUUUUGAGGCGGUCAUCAAAGACACAGAUUGCUUGUUGUUUAACCAAGUGUCCUAGAGCAUGACCUGAGGUUAUAUCAUUUUUUAUUCUAAGAAGCUAUGCAGCUUAUAUUCUGAAAAUUAUUAAAUAUAUACCACUGUUGUAA